AUGGUCAGCUCACUCUGGGGAACAGAUGAGUUUGCGACCCAAUCGAGGCAUGAAAGUGCGCAUGCGGGCCGGGAGGACGCGGUGAAUGCAAAGCCCGCUCAGACGGACGAGGUCAAGUCGCACGACUCGCCCUGGUCCCCCACCCUCGCCAGCUUCCUACCCCUCAUGUCAUCGUCACCAGCCGGCACGACCCUCCGCAAAGCACGAUCCGUCUUCAACCUCUCUCCCCGUCUUGGAUCGUCGGACACGGGAUCGACGGCGGAUGAGGGCUUCUUCAGCUGGUCGCGGUGGUACGGACAGGCGAAAGAGCCGAUGCCACCUACGCCGACUGCGGAAGAGGUGUCGAGGAUGGUCAAAGAUGCGUUGAGGCGGAGACGGGAAGCGGAAGAAACCGAGUCCUCAAGGUCUUCUACGUCGUCCGCGCGGAGCGACGCUUGGCUCGACUCGCCUGCAUCGUCAAGCGCCACUUUCGAGACGACGGCGACCGAGGUCAGCGAGGGUGAUGUGCGGUCCAAGGUGACGGGUUACUCCCAAGAGGAGCUUGAUGCCCUUCCGAGCCUCCCGUACUCGCCCUCAACGACCAGUCCGUCGCCACAUCUGCGCGCGGCAGCAUCGGCUGCGACGCUGAAGGCGCCCCGCGUCUUGCGCAGAGUUGCCUCGAGCACAAGCCUCAUGCAAGUCCCGGUCGAACUGCCGCCCCAAUCUCCGCACGCAUCCGCCUCGCCCGGAUUCCCCUCGCCAACCAUCGAUGCCUUUUGGGCACCGACGUUUCCUCCGACUUCACCAGAACCUGAGCUCUCCCCGCCGCCCUCUUUCCGCUCUCGCCUCGCCUCCUCGCUUCGCAAGCCCGCCUCGUCCGCAACUCUCCGCAACCCCUUCUCCGCCUUUGCGCCGACAAGCGACUCGAACGUGCAAAGCGCAGCAGCAAUGCUGCGAGAUCUACUCAUCAAGCACGAUUCUGUCGCGGACCCGUCUGCUGAGCCGCUCUCGCCGCUGUUCGAUCCGUCGCUCAAGUCAGGACGGGCAGUCGAAGAUAGCGAUGACGACGACGAGGAGACUGAGGCGAUGGAGGUACAGGAGUUGCUGCUUGAGCAGCGCGCACCGUCGAGCUCUUUCAGCAGCGACGAAAGCGACGACGAUCCCUUCAGUGCAUCGGCCCCUUCGUCCGUCGCCUGGAUGGCGUCUUCCCCGACCUCACCCACAUUUACGCCCUCACGCAUCAACCGACGUCCAUACGAUACCACCGACGAUGUCUUCGAUUCCCCUUCUUCCGCAUUCCCGCCAUUCGACCCAUUCGCACUCGACUUUCACGCCCCGCCACCUCCGUCCAUACCCGCCGCCUCUCCUGCACAACGACGAGCCAAGGUCAUCACGAAGCAGCGCAGCUUUGUCGACCCGAGAACUCGCCAACUGCGGACUGUCCCGCAAGUGACGCUCACGCCCAGCACGCCCGAGAAGCCACGCUUUCGUUUGCAGUAG